AUGGAAAUGGAAUAUCCCAGUUUAUGCCCUGCAUGUGAAGGUUGUUGUAGACACUUCCACACACUUGCAGAUCAAUCAAUAAUUUUGUACUGUGAAGAAUGUGAUGCUAUAUGGACGAAUCCAGAGGAUAUCAGUGUAGAGAAAAUGUCGUCCAUGGAAGCUGAUGAUUUAAGAGACAACGAUCAAAUGUUACAUUGGUCGACAACUGCAGAAGUAAAUAAUAGUUUAUGGGCAGGUAAUAUUGUAUUUGGACAUGUAAAGAAGAUUCAUCACAAUUUGUUAAUGAAAUAUGAAGGUAAAGAUUUCAAGAGGGAAAGAUUCAGUUGGGAUCAGGUAUGUGUGAGCCCAGAGAUAUUGGCAGGCAAUGGUUACUAUCAACUAUUGGAAGAGUAUCUCGAGGAACUCGAUCCUUCAAAUUUGGAGUUUGAAUUGCACGUCAAUCAAGUGAAUCGAUUGAAGAAAUACUAUAUCCUAAAGAAUAGUGUCAUCGGAGGACAUCUUCACAUCGUACAAUACAUGAUCGAACAAUACAAAGUGGAUAGUGGUGUUUUAAUCGGGACGGUAGCAACCGCCAAGAAAGAAGAUCUUAUGUACUUUGCAUCUAAAUACGGUUGGAUCGAUAUUAUCGUUUAUCUUCUUGGUCUAACCGAUGAGGAUUCUCUACCGAUUCGCUGGAAUUUCAAUAGAGCAAUUGGAGUUGCACCACUCUCCAAUAACUUUGAUCUGCUAAAGCUGUUGGUUAAUAGAGCAAGAGGAAAAGCUGCUUUCGACACCUAUUCAGUUUAUGAGUCUGCUGCUCGUGUUGCCCGAAUAGAUAUGUUAGAGUGGCUAGAUACUACCAACCGAUCCGCUGAAAGACACCGUUCCAAUCUCUAUCAACAAGCGAUAGCCACCAAUAAUCUAGAGAUUCUCGAGUAUUUUAAAAGUAAAAACGACAGACAUACCGAUGAUAAAUAUAAGCUUUAUGACACUGCUGCACUGUACGGAAGUCUGGCGAUCCUUAAUUGGUUGAAACUCAACAAUAUUGGUGAAGUUUCAAGGAUGGCUUAUAGUAAUGCCGCCUACAAAGAUUUUGUUGAGAUUAUCCAUUGGUUAUACACGAAUACAACGGUUCAGUACAGUUCCUAUGCUCUUGAGAAUGCUAUUAUCGGUGGAAGCUUGGAAUCAUUGAUAUUUCUAAAGAAACACUUGGUUAAAGAAUCAGCUCAAGUUUCCAACUUUAUAGAUUUGGCCACGGAAUAUUCAAAUUUAGAAAUUGUCAAGUGGUUGUACGAGAAUCAUACAGAUGUACAUUCAAAUACAAUAGAUAAAGCUGCAUCCUGCGGGUCAUUGGAGAUCGUAGAAUGGUUGGACGAAAAUACAACCAAAGGAUGUACAACAUUGGCGAUGGACAUGGCUAGUGCAAAUGGACACCUCGACAUUGUUAAGUACCUACAUGUCAACCGAACUGAAGGAGCAACUUUCCAGGCCAUGAAUGCUGCUGCCUCUGUUGGAAACUUGGAGGUUGUUCGUUGGUUAAAUGAGAAUCGUACGGAAGGAUGCACAACUCAGGCUUUUGUUUUGGCCGCACAAAAUGGCCACUUGGAUGUGAUCCGUUAUCUCCAUUACAAUAGAACUGAAGGUGGAACACUUUCUACAAUCGAUAAUGCAGCAUAUGGUGGACAUUUGAAUGUUAUUAGCUGGAUUAGUGAAGCCAGGAGAAAAGAUGAGUGUUCCACUUUGGCGAUGAGCAACGCGGCAUUAAAUGGCCAUCUAAAACUUGUUCGUUGGCUGCACAAUAACCGAACUGAAGGAUGUAAAAGUAAGAGUAUGGACAAAGCUGCCGAAGCAGGCUUCCUAGAUAUUGUAAAAUGGCUUCAUUACAACAGGACUGAAGGAUGUUCUAAAGCGGCAAUAGACAAAGCUUCACAAAAUGGUCACAUCGAAACCGUUAAAUGGCUCCACUACAACAGAACAGAAGGUUGUACCAAAUUUGCUAUCGACUCUGCCUCUAUUGCUGGUCAUCUUCAAGUGGUAAAAUUCUUAUCAAAAAAUAGAACUGAAGGGUGCUCGUCAAAUGCCAGAAAAAAUGCUGAAAGAAAUGGUCACUUGGAAGUUGCAUUAUUUCUUAAAACAAAUAGAUCCGAAUGCUUUUAUUAG